AUGGCUCGAGUUUUGAUUGGGAUUGUGAUGACUUUGAUGUUUUUGGGAGUUGUGAAUGGUCAAGGAGAUGAGCAUACACAGGGAAGUAUUCUGGAGAAUUGGGGAGGCACUUUGCAACAGAAAACUUACAAUGGAGACUACAGAAACCUAAAUAGUAAGUUCUUUUUGUAAAUCUAUCUUCCAACAUACUAUACUGUACUUACUAUACUAUCAAAUCUUCAGUUCUCUCGCACGAAGCAAUCCCCAUGCCCUUAGCCCGUCAAUUGCAAUAUCAGGGCUUCGUUGGAGCCGAGAGAGUCCGCUAUCCGUCCUUCCCUACCUACACCUAUCCUCAAUAUAACUUUUAUCGUCCUGGGCGGAAGUAA